UCCGCACUCUACACCAGAUUCAUAUGAAGCUAUAUCAAAAGUUUUUGUUUGCGACGUUCACAAGUUCAGACAAGGGAUUUAUCAAGAUAUUGGUGCGAUUAUAUCUUUGUUUGUGAAUAUGAAAACCUUUUCGAUCGAUAACCAAAUAUUGGUAGAUAUUCAACGACACAGAAACGACAGCUUUGCUCAUAAUUAUAGGGUUAGUUUAGACGAAACGGAGAAAAAGCUGUGCUUACAGAGCUUUAUAAGGAUUUUAAAAGUCCCGAAUAUAUUUUGAAAAGAAAGUGCAAAAUUUGCUGUAAGUCUGUUGAAAGAACUUGUUUUAUCGGAAGGAAUUCCUACCGGUCUCUUACAACAUCAAGCCGGACACGAUACACUGAUUUUAGUAAGAGAUAGUUUUGAGCAACUUUCACCUUGUAUUGAUUUACAGAUAGUAGCGUUUGCUUCUGCAAAAGACACAUUCAAAGACAGAAUCAACAAUAUGAUACUGGAAUCAACAAUUAAACCGAAAAGAGUAACUAAAAACCUUAUUUCACAACAGACGAGGAAUGUUCUAAAAUGUUUAAGUCUUUUCUUACUUUUAAUUUACAUUUUUAUUUCAUUUAUCUCGCUAAAGAAGAUGGAUUCAUCGAAUGAAGGUUGUUAUAGUAUGCGAUUCUCAGAACACUGGAAAAGUGAUCUAGACUUCGAUCUCUAUGUCCAAAGAUUGAAUAAUGAAAGCUUUAUAGAAAGACGCUGGCUAAGGGAUAUUGUUGAUAAACAAUUACUAGAGGCAAACGGAGUCUUAUUGACAGCAAAUAUGGGAUAUGGGAAGUCCUCCAUAAUAUCUAAUAUAGUGUGUGCCGAUAGGUCAUCGGUGUGGUAUGACUUUCGGAAACAAAUUCUAGCUUAUCAUUUUUGUAGAUAUGAUAUGGACAUGACCGUCACUGCAGGCACGUUCAUUCGAAAUCUUGCAAGUGCAAUCGUCAAACUCUAUCCAGAAAUGGGAAAUGCCAUCCUAGCUGAUGAUGUUGCUUCUGAUUUUUUAUACGGGACGCGAUGUUAUAAAGACCCAAUAUCAUGUUUUGAAAUGUCUAUUUUAAAUCCAUUGCGCGAUCAUUGGAUAAAUCAGAACUUUAUAAUCCUGAUUGAUGCUUUGGAUGAAUGCGAUACUGCCGGUAGAAAUACCUUGUUUUAUUUUCUUUUGACUCAAGUCCAAAGAUUUCCCUCUAAUUUUAAAUUUAUUCUGACUUCAAGAAACAUUGAAAAUAUUAACAGAAAUUUUCGGUUCCUAGAAAAGGAUCAGCUUAUAGAAGUAUCACAAAUUGAGGAUAACAGUAAAAUAAGGCAACUGGAAACGCUACUGGGAAAUGAAUUGGGACAUUUUCUUAAAUUUGAGGAUGGAAAAAUGUCGUUUUUUCACAAAUCUAUUAUUGACUUUUUAACCGACGAAAGUAGAAACAAACUGCAUUUUUUUGUUCAUAAAGAAAAUGGUCACAAGUUGUUCGCGAAAUAUUUGCUUGGAAAAUUAAAAAUGAAUUUGACGUCAAAAAAUAAUUUGAUAGAGAUCAUACAUCAUGUUGCAAUGUGCAAAAAUGCCAAGUACGAAUCUAUGUUGUCUGGGUACGUCAGAGAUUUAUUGAGUAAGGAUAAAAAGUUACACUUACAGCUUCUCUAUCAAGUUGUCUGGAAAUAUAAUGAUUACAAUACGACGGAACUGUUACUUAAAUACAUUGGUGUUGCUGCAAUAAAUACAGUUAACACAAUGAACCAGUCCCCAGCGUUUAUAGCAGCUAGCCAGGGAAAUGAGGAGACCUUAAAAUGUUUAUUAAACAAUGGCGCAAACACUUCAUUUUCCGUUGUUUACAACUAUUCAUCGAUAGAAGAUUCAUAUUAUGGUGUAUGUUUACCAUGCAAUGGUACGUUUUACUGGAUACCACUACUGUCCAACAGACAACAACAAACAAUAAAGAUUGAUAAGAUUAGAUCAGGAUUAACAUUCGAUCAAGAUUUUUAUAUGAAAACAUUCUUUUAUGACGAUUGGCGAUUAAUUACAUGCGAAACGGCCUUGAAUACUGCUAUACGGAAUGAUCAUCUUGAAAUAGUUCAGAUUCUUUUACAAGAAUCAUCCAGUACAAUAAAGUGUAAUAUUUAUGACGGGAAAACGCCAUUAAUGACAGCCGUGAGGUAUAAUCUGUACGCGAAACAACAGUUCCAACAUGUUGUGGAGAAAAAUCCGCCAUUACUUCAGUUCAUUACAGAAUAUGAGGGACCAAACAUUGCCAAUUUUUUUUUUACGAAAGAUAAUUCUCUCAAAUGUGAUGGAAGCUUUAGUCCUCUUCAUGAGAUUAUCAUGAACGAUCGAAAUACUCAAUCGAUGUAUCAGAACGACGAGUUUCUAAACAAAUACCUCAAAGAUUACUCCGGCAAAAUGUUAGACAAAUGUUUUGAUAAGGAUGGAUAUAAUUUGCUUCACAGAGCUGUAAUGGGAGGUAAUUUGCUAGGAACACGAUUCUUGCUGAAAAAAAGAAUGACGAUUUCACAUGUAGAUACAGAGAAACCGACAGGAGUUUAUUGUCCAUCUACAAGAAGAAGCCAGGAAAGACCCAUAUCUUCAGGAAAGUCUCAAACUUUUUAA